AGCGGAAAUCUUCCUCGCUGCUGGACGCCCGUAUGGCUAAGAUCUACCGCCGACAGAGACACAGCCAUGAUGGAGACGACUCUGCCAGUGAUGAUGAUGAUGAUGAAGCCUCUCGGAGAAGAAAGGCACUCCAUGCCCGAGGAGGGGGGCACUCUGCCAGGAGGGGCUUUGGGGCCAGCAGGAGAGGGCUGCUGAGGGGGGGCUCGGCCCGCAGGGGGCACCUGGCUGCUGGCUCCUCCUCAGCACUCAAGCUGAAACGAGGGAUGGGCGUGAGGGAAGCAGGGAGGAGGGGGCGAGGGGUGAGGCUGAGGGGAGGCUCCAGGAUGCAGCGAAGAGGAGAAGAGUCCGAAGAGUCAGAUGAUGAUGACGACGAUGAUGACGAUGAUGAUGAAGAGGAGGAGGACGAAGAGGACAGUGAAGAUGCAGACAAAGAACAACUGCCCCGUCGACGGAGGAGGAGGCGGCAGACUGAUGAUGAAGACGAGGACAGUGAGGGGCAGGAAUUUGACCCUGAAGACGAGGACAUGGACACACUGGAAGAUGAAGAGGAAGAGGAGGAGGAUGAGGAAGGGCGCUGGGAUUCCGACCCAGAACCCCCAGUGCUUCUGGUGUCAGAUCUGAACGAUGACCUGCUGAGCGGCUCCUACCUGACGGUCACCUUGCAGCGGCCACACAGGGCCAAGAGACACGCAGGCUCUAUAGUUCCAAAGCUAGAAGCAGCCAUGGGUGUGAGGACAGCUGUGGGGGGGGCUGCAGGUCAGCAGGGCUUCAUCCAGAGGAAGACAGCUCUGUCCAAACCCUCCCGACUGAAGAGUGCUGACUCAGCAGCUGACAGUGGCACCCCGAGAGGACCGGGAAGGCCACGUAUGCGAGGUAACCAUGACAGAGGCACUCGAGAUCACUCUGUGACUUCCUCAGAGGAAGAGGAAGCUGCUGCGUCUUCUGUGCCCUCCUCCCUGUCUCCCCCCUCCCUGCUGUCUCUGCCCUCCUUUAAGGACGUGGGCAACGAGAGUGGGGGGGAGAAGGAGGUGUGGGUGUCAGUGUUCCAGUACCUGGACCGAGCCCAGCUGUUGGCCUGCAUGACCGUCUGCAAGGCCUGGUACAAGUGGAGCUGUGACAAGCGUCUGUGGAGCCACGUGGAUGUGAGCCGCUGCAGCCCGCUCAGCAACCAGGUGCUGGCCGGCAUCAUCAAACGCCAGCCCGCCUCUCUGGAUCUGUCCUGGACCCCCCUGGCCAAGAGACAGCUCAACUGUCUGCUCACCAGGCUCCCAGGUCUGAGGGAGCUGAGGGUGACGGGGCUGUCCUGGUCCUGCCUGUCGGCGCUGGCCUCCCCCACGCUGCCCUGCCUGCGGCUGCUGGACCUGCGCUGGUGUGAAGGCCUCAAAGACACCCAGAUUAAAGAGAUCCUCACCCCUCCAGGCUUGGAGUCGUCCCGCAGCAGAUUGAGGAACAUGGUGACGCUGCGUCUGUCGGGGUUGGAUGUCAGUGAGUCCACUCUGCGGCUGCUGCAGCGCCACAUGCCCCAGCUGCAGAGGCUGGACCUGGCUCACUGUAAGGACAUCACAGACCCCUCCAUCAGCCUGCUGGCAGCUGGCGGCUCACACAGCCGCAACAACCUCACUGAGCUCACUCUGGCAGGUUAGAGCUAAACAUCUCAUCAUUCUGCUUUUAUGAUGCCCAGCUCACCAUUA